CUGCUUUAUUUGGAAAGUCAGAGUUAGCAUUAGCAUUAGCAUUAGCAUUAGCAUUAGCGUGGAAGCUAAUGCUUUAACAUGGCCAGAAACAAAAUCGGAGUAAUCCAGUUUAAUUCGGAUUAACGCGUAUUUGUGUCUCAUUACACAACUAAAUCAGAUUACGUUAAUAAUUAAUAAUUCCGCAAUAGAAUUAGUGAGUCGUGUUGUUAUAGAAACCUCCACCUAGCUAACUAGCUUAACUAAAGUAAUUAGCGACUCCGUUGUGCAGUGACACAUUAUUAGCUUUGUCUUAUUUAUCAUCAUUUACUGAAUAAAAGUAUGGAUUUCAGCGUCAGGAGACUGGCGGCGGAUGCUGGAACUUUCCUCAGCCGUGCAGUUCAGUUCACGGAGGAGAAACUUGGCCAGGCCGAGAGGACCGAGUUAGACGCUCACCUGGAGAACCUGCUGGCAAAAUCGGAGUCGACCAAAUACUGGACGGAGAAGAUCCUGAAGCAGACGGAGGUUUUACUGCAGCCCAACCCCAACAUGAGGAUGGAGGAGUAUCUGUACGAGAAGCUGGACAGGAAAAUCCCAACACGAGUAAACAGCCACGAGCUGCUGGGGGAGUGCAUGAUCGACGCCGGGCACGAGUUCGGACCUGGAACAGCAUACGGCAGUGCUCUGAUUAAAUGUGGUGAGGUGGAGAAGCAGCUCGGCGGCUCAGAGCGAGAACUCAUCCAGAGCUCAGCAAUUAACUUUCUCACUCCGUUCAGGAACUUUAUUGAUGGAGAUUAUAAAACCAUCUCAAAGGAACGUAAGCUGCUGCAGGUAAAACGCCUUGAUCUGGACGCAGCUAAAACACGACUAAAGAAAGCUCGAGCAGCAGAUGCUCGCUCUGCAGAGUUUAGCUCCGCCCCCUCACCAGGAGAGGAGUACAUGUUUUCUUACAUGCUCUCCUUCUUGCAGGUCAAAUGGUUGAAGGCAGAGAUGGAGCUGAGGAUAGCUCAGAGUGAGUUUGAUCGCCAGGCAGAGAUCACAAGGUUACUGCUGGAGGGAAUCAGCAGCACUCAUGCUCAUCACUUGAGGUGUCUGAGUGAUUUUGUCGAUGCUCAGGCUGUGUAUUACGCUCAGUGUUAUCAGUAUAUGGUCAAUCUACAGAAACAGCUCGGCAGUUUUCCUUCAGCUUUCUCCUCCAAUAAUAAUCAACCUGCUGCCUCCUCUGCUGGAAUUUCUGUCCCUGCAACCUUGCCCACGACUCUGACCCCGACCGUGACCCCAGGUCAGAGUUCACCGAGUCUUAACGAACUGCGGAAUUCCUGCGGUCCACGUCGAGCGCGAGUGCUUUACGAUUACGAUGCAGCCUGCAGCAGCGAGCUGUCUCUGUUGGCCGACGAAGUGAUUACAGUCAGCAGUGAGCCAGGCCUGGAUUCUGAUUGGCUGAUGGGGGAGAGAGGACAUCAGAAAGGCAAAGUACCCAUCACCUACCUGGAGCUGCUUAACUGAGAAAACACACACACACACACACACACACACACACACACACACACUCCAAACCUAUUUCUAAUGUGUACCAACACAAACCUGUCUGAGACUUUACUCUCAGUAUUUGUGCCUUUGCUCACGCGUAGCCAAAAACAGACUUUAGAAUUUCAUUAAUUUGCCAAAAGAUAUAUUUUAUACUCAGUGUGUGACUUUAUAACAAAUCCAGAAUGCUAUGACGCAUUAUAAUGCUUUAAUUAUCCCAGGUGUUAUAAUGCCAAAUGUAAUAAUUAUUACUGUUUCUUUUGGAGAUUAUGAAAGAGAGAAUGAAUGUAAUCCUGUUUUGGGGUUUUUUUAAAACACGUCCUUAUUGACUUUCCCUUGUCCACUUGGUUAAGUCCCCUUGGCCAUGUUAAGGUUGUAUUAAAGUACAUUAAAAUGGAAUGAACACUUCAGGAACAGUGUUUAAGCUGUGAAUAUAAAGAACAUCUGCUGAACA